AUGUCUAAAGUCGAUAUAGAUUACGUUGUGCCUCCUCCAGAUGAAGAGGAAGAAUUAUUAGCAAAGAUUGUCUUUGGUGAUUCUUCUGAUUUUCAAGAGAAUCUAGCUAACUUUUCUGCCGAUUUUCUGUUAGGUGAGAAAGAGGAUGAAUUAGAUAAUAUGGCUGCAGAUGCAUCUGCUGAUGAUGAUAAUACAAGUGAUGAGGAUGAAGAAGCUGAAAUAGAACAUGUCAACGAUGACCAAUUGUUUUUCGUGGAUGAUGGUGAAAAUGAAAAUAACGAUGAUGACUCUAAGAUGGACAUUGAUGAAGAAGAAGGGAGCGGCAUUAUUUCUUCCGAUCAAGAAAGUUCCGAAGAUGAAGAUAGUGAUGCAUGGGAAGAUUCUGAUGAUGAAAGAUUAAAUGUUUCAGUGAUGGAUAAUAACAGAUCCAAAAAAUUAAGAAAUUCUUACAAUGACAAUGUAUUAUCUGGGAAACAAUAUGUUCGUAGAUUAAGAGCUCAAUUCGAAAAGAUAUACCCAAAACCGCAAUGGGUCGAUGAUGAGGAUUCCGAUUUGGAAGAACAUGGGGAUGAUAUGUCUGAUGACGAGAACAAUGAUGACAGAGAGGAAGUUAUUAACGCAGAUAUUCAUGCACUAUCCAAAAUUUUACAAAGCACUUACUCUUACAAGGAUACAACUCAAUCAAAGUUAUUACCUGUAAAAUCUUUAGACAUUCUGAGAUUGAAGGACGCCAAUAUGGCACAUCCAGCUCAAUCAGCUAUACAAUCUCUAUCGUUCCAUCCUACCAAACCUUUAUUAUUGACUGGUGGUUAUGAUAAAACCUUAAGAAUAUACCAUAUCGAUGGGAAACAUAAUCAUUUGGUUACUAGUUUGCAUUUGAAAAGUACACCAAUUCAAACUUGUACCUUUUAUGUAACACCACAGCAAAUCUCUAAAAAGAAACAACACCUAAUUCAAGAACAAAAAAUUUUCACUGGUGGUAGAAGGCGUUAUAUGCAUUCUUGGGACCUAUCAUCUUCUAUUAUAAAUUCAAGCAAUAAUAGUUCUAUCGCUAAAGUGGAAAAACUCUCAAGAUUAUAUGGUCAUGAAGCUACACAAAGAUCGUUUGAGAAAUUUAAACUAGCCCAUUACUAUAACACAAAGAAACAUGAAACACAUGGUAUCAUUCUAUUACAAGGUAAUAAUGGUUGGGUGAAUGUUUUGAACGCAACCUCAGGGAUUUGGAUGAUGGGUUGUAAGAUUGAGGGGACAAUUAUCGAUUUUUGUAUAGAUUACAAGCCUCUAUCAAACAAUACUUUCCGUACUAUCCUAAUAGCUACUAACACAUAUGGUGAAAUCUGGGAAUUCGAUUUAACUAAUAAUGGUUCAGUUUUAAGGAGAUGGAAGGAUGAAAGUGGUGUUGGUGUCACAUGUAUCCAAGUUGGUGGUGGUUCAAACUCUGCUCAUCUGAAUGGUUCUGGACUAUCACAUCAAACAGUCGCAUCAAAUAGAUGGUUGGCCAUUGGUUCAAGUAGUGGGUUUGUCAAUAUAUAUGAAAGAAGGAAUAGCGAUGAUCCUGAAGUAAUCCCAACCCUAGUAGGUACAAUGGAUCAAUUGACAACAUCGAUAUCCUUCUUACAAUUUUCUCCAGAUGGUCAAAUAUUAUGUAUGGCCUCUAGGGCUGUGAAAGAUGCUUUAAGAUUGGUUCACCUCCCAUCAUGUACAGUAUUUUCCAACUGGCCUACUAGUGGUACCCCUCUAGGUAAAGUAACAAGUGCUACUUUCUCUCCUCGUGGUGAAAUGUUGGCUGUUGGUACUGAACAAGGUAAGGUUAGAUUAUGGAGAUUGAAUCAUUACUAG